GUUGAUCACGAUACACCUAGUAAUAAGAUAACUGUAGCUAUGGCAAAAGAAGAGACUUCAGAUUUUUCUCAUUCUGAACAGCCUUCAUAUGAAGUUUUUUGCCAGCAAACUAUGCCAAGGCGCCACCGUGGUAGUUACCUUGUUCGCUUGAGAAAAGAAGAUCCAGAUCGUUAUGAAAGAUAUAAGCACUUAUCAAAGGAAGAACAAGCCAGGGAACGUAGACGGAUCAGUGAGGCUAAUCAAGAUCCGAAAAUCAUUGAGAAAAAAAGUUUAAUGAACAGAAUUCUUUAUAUGCGAAAAGUGGGUAAGCUCCCUGAUGCGUUAAAAGACAAAAGCAAUGAUGACAUAAGGUUAAUUCCAACGGAUGUAUUAAAUUCCCUUUUACCUCCUGCAAAAAGUCUUCGGCACAUGGAUCCUGUGGCCAAAGAGGAAUGGUAUCGCUUGGGCAGAAGCAGAGAAUGGAGGCGCAAAAAAAAACUUAUAGACCCAGAGGGAUUUAAAAAAUAUAACAAUGAACGAGCCAAAAAGUACCAAGAUAAUUUACGAAAAAACAAUCCAGAAAAGUUUCAAGAGCUUAGAGCCAAAGCAGCAGAUAGACUUAGACAAUACAGAUUUAGUCAGAGAAUAAUGAAAGCUAUGAAAGAAGUCAAAGAAAUAAAGGUACAGGGACCAAAUAACAGCAAGUCUAAAAGACUGCGGGGCAGAAGGAAAACAGAUGAUUUUGUGGAGGGGAAGCAGGAACUGUUAAUUGGAGAAAGUUUGGAAAAUGCUCAUUAUGUCAUUCCUGAAUGUGCCACCACUCAUGGUGAAGCAGCCACAAGACGGGAGUCAUCUAGUGCAAGGACUGGGCAAUCUGUACAGCAAGAGAUCCUAGAUUUAAUGUAUAAUUAUUGA